AUGCCAUCUAAUUCUUGGUGGUCCUCGUCUUCGGAUGAAGAAGAGGAGAUGUUUUUCGCAAACGCUGUGCUACGGGCGGGGCAGAUUCUUAUUGAAGAGGAAGAGGAAGAGGAAGAGGAAGACGUCUCGUCUGAAAAAGUUAUUACUAGACGAAUACGGAUUAACAGAGACCGCCAAGGAGCAUACGAGAAAUUGGUGAACGAUUAUUUUUCGGAUGAACCACUUUACAAUGACGAGAUUUUCAGACGCAGGUUCCGAAUGAGUCGCCGGUUAUUCACACUGAUUGCUAAUGAUUUGGCGGGGCUAGACCCGUUUUUCACGCAACGACCUGAUGCUCGAAAUUAUGAAGGGUUCACCACGUUACAAAAGUGUAGUGCGGCCAUUCGCCAACUGGCGUACGGGACAGUGGCCGACGCUUUGGACGAGUACUUACAAAUGUCGGCAAGAACUACGCGGGAAUGCUUGUAUCGGUUUUGCCAUAAUGUGGUGAAACUGUAUAGCAAAAAAUAUUUGCGUAAACCAAACUCGUAUGAUGUUCAGCAGUUGUACCAAGCUCAUGAAGCACGGCACGGGUUUCCGGGAAUGCUUGGUAGUAUUGAUUGUAUGCAUUGGGCAUGGCAUAACUGCCCGACUGCGUGGCGCGGCCAAUAUACGCGUGGUGAUCACGGCCAUCCAACCUUGAUACUUGAAGCCGUGGCAUCACAAGAUUUGUGGAUAUGGCAUUCUUUCUUUGGUCUCCCUGGUUCACUCAACGACCUCAACGUGUUAUACCAAUCGGCGAUCUUUACCGAUGCCGUUAAUGGAACCGGUCCGGACACCCGUUUUACAGUUUCUGGGGUUGAGUAUAGACGUGGGUAUUAUCUUGCUGAAGGGAUAUAUCCGUCUUGGUCUACAAUUGUAAAGACUAUUUCAUAUCCCGAGGACGAAAAAAGGAAAAAAUUCGUCAAGCGUCAAGAAGCUGCAAGAAAAGACAUCGAACGUGCUUUUGGUGUCUUACAAAAAAAAUGGGCUGUCCUUGAACAACCGGCACGUGCGUUCACACCGAAGAGGUUGCGCCUUUGUAUGUACGCUUGCAUUUUGCUCCAUAACAUGAUUAUUGAAGACGAAGGUCGGGCGAUUUGUGAGUAUGAUGAGAAUGCAUCUUACGGGAACACUGUCCCGGUUGAUCCGCCACAACAGGAUUUAAACUCGUUCUCGCUAACCAACGACUUCACCCAUGCAAACCUUCAACAGGAUUUGGUAGAACAUAUUUGGAACAACGUUAACGUCGCGGACGGUGACGGUGACGAAGACGAAUACGAGUAG